UCCGACGUUCACCAAAGAAUUCUCACUUUCGUUUUCUCCAAACCGAGACUUAAACUAGUCCAGGGGACACGAAGUCAGAGGCACGAGCGAGUGAGAAUAAUGGCGUCUCUCGUAUCUAAUCACAUCCUGCGUGUGCUUUGUAAUAACCAGUGCUGUUUGGAGUUCCAGCAGUUGGACCGUAUUAUACGGCAGAGCUUCACUGUGGAUGAGCAGAUUCUGCGGCGCGCGCUCCUGGACUCCGAGAACUUCCGUGUUGUCGAUGAGGAGGCUUCAGCCGAGCGCGCGCUCAGUCCCGGUACUCACAUCAUUGCGACCACGACGCUAAGAUUGUGCAAAGACCAGUCGAAAUGCACAGGCUGCGACCACCUGCACUUGUGCACCUAUCUCGUGUGCGGAAACUGCAAAUUCGGGAAUAAAUGCAGACACUCUCAUGAUUUGAAAUCAGCACACAAUUCUGUUCUCCUGGGAAACAAGAACCUUAAUUUUCUUGAAGAAACACAGUUGUUUCAGCUUCUGCUACAGAAUGACCCUUCUCUUUUCCCAGAGGUUUGUUCCCAUUAUAAUAAGGGAAAUGGAGAACAUGGAAGCUGUAAAUAUCAGACAUCCUGCAUCAACCUGCACGUCUGCCAGCACUUUCUGCAGGAUGACUGCAAAUUCGGAGCUGCCUGCAAGCGAGCUCAUAAUUUCGAUGCAGCCGCCAUGAAAAUUUUGACUGGCAGAGGUUUCAGUCUAGAAAAUAUUCGCAACCUACAGAAAACAUACAAGAAUAAGUUUCUUCUCACUGGUCAGAAUGAUAAGUCUCUCUCCCAACGAGCAGAGAAAGUGUCUCCUACCCACGUCAAAGAAGUGAAAAAACAGCAGCGUUCCAGCAACUCUGUGAGUGAGGCGGACCGCAAUGAAAUCUGCCUUUUCUAUGUGGGCAAAGGCUGCAGUUUCAAAGAGAAAUGUGUCCGUGUUCAUUAUGAGCUGCCUUAUAAAUGGGAGAUUCUGGAUAAAGAUGGGCAAAAAUGGAACCACUUUCCCAAUGAAGAGGAUGUUGAGAGGGCCUACUGUAAACCAGAGAAUGACAACAGCUCUGGGCUUUUACCUGUGGAUUUCAUUUCAAUGAAAUGUGGAGAAAGAGCAGUUCGUCGUCUCUCUACAGCAUCCUCCGUUACCAAAACUCCUUACUUCAUCCUGACCACUGAGUGGCUUUGGUACUGGAAGAAUGAUCAGGGGAAAUGGAUUGAAUAUGGCAAGGGGGAAGAUGAAAAAUCAAUCACCUCAAAAUCCUUAGAGAACGUGUAUCUCUCAGAAGUUGAAACUGAAAUUCCAUUCAGCUUGGGUGGGAAUAAUUAUGUGCUCUACCUGAAAGGUAUGUAUCAACAAAACUUGAAGUACAAAACAAAACGAGAGGUUCGACGGAGGCCACGAUUUGUUUCAGUUCAAGAUGUUAAAGGAAAAUCAAAAAGUGAUGCGCCAGAAACCACUGUGGAUUUUCCUAGUCACUGGGAUAAAACAGCACUGCCCAGCUUCUCUUACACGAUUCUUAAGCUGUUAAUGUCUGAACCUAAUUAUGUAAGCGUAUCCAAGCUGUUUAAGAGGACGAUGCCCUCAAGCACCAUCCAUAGCAUUAAACGAGUGCAAAAUCCUUCUCUCUGGACAGUUUUUCAGUGGCAGAAAGACCAGAUGAUGAAAAGGAAUGGAGGAGAAGUUAUAGAUGAGCAAUACCUCUUCCAUGGCACAGAUAAGUCUCUAAUUGAAGCCAUCUGUGAGCAGAACUUUGACUGGAGGGUUUGUGGUGUUCAUGGAUCACUUUAUGGCAAAGGAAGUUACUUUGCCAGAGAUGCCAAGUACUCAGAUAGGUUUGCUAAGAGCAAAGACGGCACUAAGGUGAUGUUCGUCGCACUUGUCCUCGUAGGAGAAUAUACGAAAGGAUCCAGCAGUUUUCUUCGACCUCCACAGAAGACAAAGAAUGCAGGGUUUUAUGACAGUUGUGUGGACAAUACAAGCAACCCAGCUAUUUUUGUAAUUUUUGAGAAGUAUCAGAUCUAUCCUGAAUACAUUAUUGAAUACUCUUAGGACUGUGAUGAAUGUAUUUUUUUAUUCACAACAAACUAAGUACAUUGUUUUUUGAGUUUUAAUGUUAUGAGAAACAAAAAGAACUUUAGGUAGCUUACUAAUGCACUUUUUCUCCUGAUGAUUGUAUAAUUAGAUAUCCUAUUGAUGCACUGCUAAUCUUAUAGUAGUGUUUAUGAAUACAUCCGAGCUUAAAUAUUUCUACGGUGUACGUUUUGUGUUUAUUGAUAUGUCUCAGUUCUGACAAAUGUUUCAUAUACGGCCUCUCUUUUUAUUGUUUCUCUUUCUGCUUAUAGAAAUACAUGUCUGGUUCUACUGGACUUUCAGCAUUAGACAUGUUCUGAUUUACCAACAAGACAUUACACUGUUUAUAUGGAGACUUCAGAGCAUGAAAUAAUGACAAAAAGGUGAAAUCUAUCAUGUUGAAUGUAGCAUAGAAUUGGGUUAAUUUUAUUAGAAGUGUUUCAAGAUUCAUUAAACUCUAUGUAUACAUUUUGCCUUUGAAA